AUGGCUCUGACUCGACGAGAAGGAUACGCAGAUGAUUGGAAACCAUAUCUCGAUACUCUCCCUACGAAUUUCAGACCAUGGCAUCCUCUCACUUGGUUGAUUCCAUAUGAUACUUCUCCCAUCUGUACACCGAAGACAAAUACCUCAACGAAUGAUGCUGAGCAAGAGAAUGAAUCGCUUGAAGAUGUGCAUAAAAAUCGGAAGAAGAGGAAACGACAAAGUGAGGUUGAUGGGAAUGAAGAUAUAGAACAGCGGAGACAAUGGUGGUUGUCGCUGUAUGCGAAUAUCCCACUUUCUGCGAGGAAGAAAGUGGAUGUUGUAAAGGGAAGAUAUGAAGAUGACUUGGUGGUUUUACGGAAUGUCUUAGUGAAUGAGGGAUCUUUUGGAUCUGAUGGCUUGGAGAAGGAAGUGACGGGGGAAGAUCUCUUAUGGGCUUGGCUCAUCGUCAAUACUCGUAGCGUCACUCUCGCCUUAGGUCUUCCAGAAUAUCCUCCAGACGUAUAUAAUCAUACCCUCGUACCACUCCUCGAUCUUCUAAACCAUUCAUCCCAUCCCUCUGUAGGUCUACCUCAUUGGAUCCCUACUGCUUCUUCUCUCCCUCGUGUUCGUACCAAAAACCCAUCUGGUCCAACUCCUCCUGCUCUGAAGAAUGACGGUCAUUCAACAUUCGCGUCAAAACCAUACAGUGGGAGUACAGAGGAACAUUUGAUACCUGGUAAAAUCUCCAUGUGUCUGAAAUCGGGGAAAGAUAUGGAAGAAGGGGUUGAAGUGAGCUUCGAAUACGGUGGCCAUGGGAGUGAAGUGUUGAUGGCUGAAUAUGGGUUUGUGGAGGGGCCUUCAAGUUCAAGGCAAUCGCCAAUUUCAGAAAUUCCUGGGGGUUCGGAUGCUUCAGAUGCCGGAGCAAAGUUACAAAAGUCCGGACGAUCAAAAAGCCCCAGAACGUCGAAUGUCUCUCCCGAAGUGAUCAAAGAGGGAAAUGUGAAAGACAAAGAUACGAAACACAAUGGGAAACACGAUCAUUCUUCCGCAGUUGCAAGGAGAUGGUUGGAAAUGCCACAUGCGCAAGUCGACUUAGAUCAUUUGAUAGAACCAUUAUGGCACACAAUCAACGAUGGAGAUCUGAAGAAAGAUGUUUUGAGGGAGAUGAAAUAUUCUGGGAAAAACACCAUUUAUGCUAAUCCUUCACCCGCACCGUCACAUUCAUUACUUAUGACUCUCCGAAUCCUCCAUCUCACCCCGGAACAGAAAGACAAAUUAGAUCCGAUCAAGAAGUUUCUGGUCACCUAUGUGUCGCCUGAUAACGAGGAGAAAGUGCGAAAUACUUUAUCUACAAUGUGUAAAGAGGUGGUGAAUGAUGCGGAGGAAGCACUCGGAAGUGAAUUUCUCUCUUUGGACCGGGCGAGGGGUAUCCUUUCGGUCGAUAUCUCUUCCUCUGACGGACUAGCCAAAUAUACGGAUGAUACGGAUGAGAGGAAAAGUGACCGAAAAGGCCAGAGCGGAACCAGCCAUCGGAGAAAGACCUCUGAGGAAGGUAUCAGUGAGAUAAGUCAUAGAAUGUUCAAAGGGAAGAGAUCACGUGAGGAAGAAGUAGAAGUAGUCGGUACUGAAAAGAAACGGAAGAUUUCAACCCGGGCAAAAAAACACGAUAACAAGUCUGUGAGCCUGGAAGAUCUCGACGAAGGAUCUAGACAUGGGAAAGAGACAGAAGGUGGGGAAGGGAUAGUGAGGGAAGGAGAGAUAUCGAAGAGUGAAUCAAAUUUGGAAGAUAGGGAAAGAGCGAGGCAGUACGUACGGUUAUUAUGGGAAGAACAGAAGGAAGUUUGUAUGGGGAUGUUGAAAAGGUUGGAUAAUGAUGAACCAUUGGAAUGA